GAUUCCAAUUGAGUAAGAUUCUUGGCAACGUAAUUCCAUUUAGCACCACAAAAUUACACCAUCACAAGAUUCAAGUAGGUCCCUUAGACCCAGAAUCACCUUCAUCAAAACAUAAACGCCACUUUUAACAUUCAAAAUUAAUUCCAUUUCCCCCAAUUUGCAAAUGCAACUUCUAAACCCUAAUCUCGAUCUUAAUCUCCCAAUUAUGUCAUCAAUUUCUGUUAAUCAUACUCAUAAUCACAAAAUCCUCCUUAAACCCACUUCUACUUCAACCUUAUUCUCCGCCAUCUCUCCUCGAUCAUCCUGCAAAUUCAACAGAAAAGGCAGAAUUCCAAUUCUAUGCUAUUCUUUACCUUCUUCGAAUCCCAGAAAUUGCAAUGAAAGUGAUUCAUCUGUUUCAAAAUCCAAUGAAUUCAGGAUUGGCGUUGGUAAAUGGGUGUUUAAUUUAGUAGUAGGGACAGUUGCUGUUGGUUCGAUUUUCAUGGAUUUUGAUUCUCCGGCUUUAGCUGAGUCUCUCACUGUUGCAUUUCCGGUGUCUCGUUCUGUUGAGGUUAAUAGAGUACAAAGGACCUUAAUCGAGGCUUGGGGUUUGAUUAGAGAAACCUUUGUUGAUCCUACUUUCAAUCACCAAGACUGGGAUUCAAAGCUGCAACAAACAAUGGUGGAAAUGUUCCCUCUCAGGUCAGCUGAUGCAGCUUAUACCAAGAUCAGUGGGAUGGUCUCUAGUUUAGGAGAUCCUUUUACAAGAAUAAUCAGUCCUAAGGAGUACCAAAACUUCAGAAUUGGAAGUGAUGGAAACUUGCAAGGUGUUGGGUUGUUCGUCAAUGCAGAACCAACUUCAGGGCAUCUGGUAGUUGUUUCUUGUGUUGACGAUAGUCCAGCUUCACGUGCUGGUAUACACGAAGGAGAUGAGCUAGUUGAGAUUAAUGGGGAAAGGCUUGAUGGAAUGAGUAGUGAAACAGUAGCACUGAAGCUCAGAGGAAAGGCUGGAACAACUGUCAAAGUAAAAGUCCACAGGGGUAAUGAUACUCCUUUCAGUUCAAAUAUGAGAGAGGUCAACCUACCUCGGGAGUACAUUAAGUUGUCUCCGAUCUCCAGUGCUAUAAUUCCCCAUAAAACCCCUGAAGGGCAUUUGUCUAGAACAGGUUAUGUAAAACUCUCAGUGUUCUCUCAGACUGCAGCUUCUGAUAUGGAAAAAGUAAUACAUCAACUAGAAGAUCAGGAUGUUCACUCAUACAUAUUGGACUUGAGGAACAACCCAGGUGGUUUAGUUACAGCUGGUCUUGAUAUUGCUCAAUUAUGGCUUGAUGGAGAGGAAACUCUAGUUUAUACAACCGAUAAGGACAGACAUAUAUUUCCGAUUAAUAUGGUUGAUGGACAUGCUAUAACACAUGAUCCUCUUGUAAUCCUUGUGAAUGAGGGGAGUGCUAGUGCAAGCGAGAUUCUAGCUGGUGCACUGCAUGAUAAUGGCCGUGCUAUCCUUGUAGGACACAAAACUUUCGGCAAAGGAAAAAUUCAGAGUGUUACAGAGCUGCAUGAUGGAUCAGCCUUAUUUGUUACGGUGGCUAAGUAUUUGUCGCCUUUACGACAUGAGAUUGACAAGAUAGGUAUAACGCCUGAUGUUCAGUGUACCGCGGAUAUGCUGAAUGCACCCAAGUUAUCCAUGGUAAAGGAUAAAAAUGCAAGGUCUGUUUUAGAAGCUGAUUCUUGCAUUAUGGUGGCAGAACAUGUAUUAGACAUCCAACAGACACAAGGAACUGCUUCCUGAAACCCAAAUCUUAGCUAUAUAUUCAUUCAUUGUGUAAAUACCUCUAUAUAGUUUUUCUUAUACUACUCGUAUAUUCUCAUACUCCGUAUGUAAAACUAGUGUACAUACACAAACUACUACUCCGUAACUUGUAUAUUGUUAUGAAAAUACUGCCACAUGAUCGAGUCUAUUAUAUAUAUUAUUAUUAUUAUUAAUCAA